GCAAGACACUGUCAAUCUGAUCUGGCAACACUUAUAAGAGGCUCACUUCUACUGUCAAUCUGAUCUGGCAACACUUAUAAGAGGCUCACUUAGACAGCUGUAAACCACAGAUCGUUACAGCUGUAAACAUGGGGCUGCAGGCUCAAACUCUUGUUUCUGCAAAGUGGCUUGCAAACAUGGCCAACCGAAACCUCGUGGGACCUGGUCUGCGGAUCCUGGACACGUCCUGGUACCUGCCCAUGAUGAACCGAGACGCCAAGAAGGAGUUUGCAGAAACUCACAUCCCAGGAGCUUCUUUUUUCGACAUUGACGAGUGCUCGGACAGAACCUCAAAGUUCGACCAUACGCUCCCAAAUGAGCAGUUUUUCGCAGACUAUGUAGGGAAUUUGGGCAUUGGAAAUGACAGCCAUGUGGUUGUUUACGACGCCAGUGACUUCGGAGCAUUUUCCUGCACCAGGGUUUGGUGGAUGUUCCGCUUGUUUGGCCACCCUCAAGUGUCGGUGCUCAACGGGGGGUUUAGGGACUGGGUCAAGCGAGGACAUCCGACAACAGGCACGUAUAGCCGGCCUGAAGCAGCGCGCUUCACCGCCACCAUGGAGCGCUCCUGGGUGAAAUCAUUCGAGGACAUGACAAAGAACAUUAACAGACAACAGUUCCAGGUGGUGGACGUGAGGCCCCGGAAAAGGUUCCUUGGAUGGGAGCCAGAACCAAGAGCGGAUGUCAAAUCAGGUCACAUCCCCGGCUCUAAAUGCAUGCCUUUCUGGGAGUUCCUGGAUAAAGACGGCAUGAUGCUCUCCCCGGAGAAGCUGAAGGAGUUCUUUGAGCAGUCUCAGAUCGACCUGAACAAGCCUCUCUGUGGCACCUGUGGCUCCGGGGUGACGGCCUGUCACAUGGUGCUGGCUGCUCACCUUUGCGGGGCCCCGUGGGCCACUGUGUACGACGGGUCCUGGUAUGAGUGGUUCACCAAAGCUCCACCUGAGCAUGUAGCCACCGAGGUCAAACCAGAGAUUUAAUUUACCAAUCUGUGUUAAAAAAAAAUCACACUAUGAUACUGAUACAUUCUAAUGGUAAUCACAGUUAAAUAAACUUCCAGGGAUAAACAGAAUUCUAAACUUAAGUAUAUGCUAUGUGUGUUUGUUACAAAAUCAAAAUGUGGAUUUUAAAGAGGCCCUAUGCUUUGGGGGGGGUUUCCCAGCAUUCCCUAUGUAGUCCAGCCCUGGGGGUCUUCUAAGGCUAAAAUCCCAAAGUUCCCUCCACUUUUUGUGUUUACUUCCUGAACAUAAUGACAUCACUAUGCAACGGC